AUGAGUUCCCGGAGAGGCGAGCAAGGGGGUGGUGGGACCAUGGAGGUAACCGCAGCAGUCUGGGACGUCGCCGGUGUGCGCAUUACGCCCCGCGAGCUGCGCUUUGUGGACGCGGUGCCAGGAAGUUGCUACCGAGCGCUGCUUAGCAUCCAAAACCUACAGACGCACAGCUGUUCACUUCAUUUACUGCCUCCAGGACGGCCUCAGUUCAAACUAAUUGUGGAAAAUCCAAAGAAACCUGUUGCUUCUGGUCUUCACAUAACAGCCACUGUGGAAUAUCAUCCUAACAGUGAGGAAGACCUUCAUGAUAGGCUCCUCCUUCAUGUAGAGAAAAAAAUAAUUGAGAUUCCUUUGAUAGGAUUACACCCAUGUUGUUGCUUAGAAAUUGAACCUGAGAUAAAUUUUGGAACAAUAAUUGCAAACAGUAAAAUAAUACAUGCAAUAACCAAAAUAACAAACUAUGGAUCAUACCCAGGUACAUUUGACAUAAAAUAUAGAGGAAGUGUUCCAAUUAUUAUAGCACCAGUCAGUGGCGUGAUAGAACCAAAAACAAUAAAGUUGAUUAAAGUGGAGAUAUGUACCGAUGUACCCAAAAUAAUUAAUCAACCAGCCAUUGUGGAGUUGCAGGGACGGCCCACUGCUGAAAUAAGGAUCAAAGCCAAUAUUGUGGAACAAGUUCUUGAGGUUUUAGGUGCACCUCACUCAAAUACUAUCCAGUGUGUUAACUUUGGAUGUGUCUACUUUGGAACUUCCAAGAUGGAAGAAGUUAUUCUUCACAAUAAAAGUCCAGAGCCUAUGGAUUGGGUGGCAAUCUUGCUGGACAAUGCUGUUGGUGGAGAGAUGGGCACAGAUAUUCGGAAGAGCUCAUAUGCUGCUUUAAAAGAUUACCCUGGUGGAAAACAAGGAACAGAUGUUUGCAGUCUGAUUACAUGCAUUCCUAAUGAAGGAAUGCUACAACCUUAUCAGAAAACUGUGAUUUUUCUUUCUUUUAGUCCAGAGCUGCUGGAAAUGGACAGGGACCUUGACAAAACUCCAUCACGAAAAGAUUAUGCUAUCUUUCUGAAAUUUGAAGCCGUAGGAAGUAAAGAUGAUUUCUUACACACAAUGUCUGGUGCUAAUAUACCCGCCCAAGCCCGGAAUCCUCAUUGUGUUGAAUUGGGACUGAUAGGCUCAGGGCUUCCAGUCAUGUUGACAUUCAUCCCAGGACCAGUGGUCAAUUUCAGAGAGUGUUACUUUGGUGAACAUACAGAUCUUGUUUGCACACUCAAAAAUGAAUGCGAUGUUCUUCCAGUGACAUUUGUUUUUCAUAAGAUUGCGCAUUAUAAUAUUUGCCCUGAAAAGGGAAAAAUAAAAGCGAAGUCUGCGAAGGAUGUGAUAUUUUCAUUUAUUCCACGGCAUAUAGGAACCUUCACAGUGAGGCAGAAAGUAGAUAUCAUAGGACCAGUAGCAAAGAAAGAUGACUUUCCAGUUUUAGAAAUGAAACCGUUUCAUCAAAUACACUUAGUUUUUUCUGGCCUCUGCAAGUCAGUAUCCACAAAAGUUGUGCUGAAAAGCAACCCUGGUUUAACACCAUUGAUUUCCAAUGCCACGGGGAUAUUUAUAGCUAACAAGGGGGAUCAACAGAGUGAUUUUGCACCAGUUGCACUGCUUAAGUCAGAGAAGACACAAUUACAUGCUCACCGGAUUAAUAGGAACUUAAGUAAUGCCCUAGUAGCUCUUCCUAACGAUCGUCCAGCCAGCAUAAGACCUGCUGAGUUGCAUAAGGAUUACAGGACUAUUUUCACAAAAGUUCCCAGAUAUUGUUACAUAGAUCCAGAGUUUUCUUACACAGUAUAUGAAGAACUGGAAAAGCAAGUGAAUAAAGACUAUUAUGCAGACUAUAUUCACAAUUUAAGAAAGCUUCGUUUAAAUAAAAAAGCUGCCCAAAUCUUCAAAAUGCUUAAUAAUCCUGUGGACAUAGGAUUAAACCCAGCAUCAGGGCUGAAAUCUCCUAAGAUCAGAAUUUUAAAGCAUGAUAGCAUGGACAAACAAGCAGCUUGUGUAAAUGGAAAUACCCUGUUAACUAGUAAACAGCUAGCAGAAACUGAAUCUAGGUCUAUACAAAAAGAGGUGAAUGGUGGACUUAAUCCUGAACCAUUGUCUCAGCAAGAAAUUGAAGACUGUAGUCUAAUUUUGACACCAAAACAGCUUCACCAAAUAGUCAUUGGUCCCUCCACUAUUGACUUUGGAGAAGUCUGUGUGCAUUCUACAACUACCAGAAAAAUGCAUAUCAUAAAUAACCUACCUGUGCAUAUAUGGAUAAAAGUAGAAAUUAAAAGUGAAGAACUGCAACAGACUAGUCCUUUGUCGCAUGUCAUGACACCUUUUAUGAAAACUUGUAUUCCUGUGGUGUUUGAGAGGGACACAUUGGGGAACUUUAAAAAGUCUUUCAUGUAUUCAAUAAACCAACACCAUGUUGGACAUAUUUUAGUGAUAGCAAAAAUUGUCCCUGUGGCCUUGGAGCUAUCUACGAGGGAAUUGACUUUAAACCCUGCUUUUAGCUUCCUAGCAAAAACUGGAUUUAGAACAACAGUCACUCUAUAUAAUCGAAAAAACUACCCUGCAAAAUUUACCUGGAAGUCUGUCAUCACAGAUAAAGGAAUGGGAUUUUCCAUCUGCCCAGACAAAGGUAUAGUGGAAGCAAGUAAAGAUCUAGAAUGUGAAGUUGUUUGGCAUUCAAGUUUCUCCUCUUCAACAACUGGAGAAUUUGACUUGUGUGUGCAUGAAGGAGAAACACUUAGACUAAAAUGUUUUACAAAGCUUGGCUCUACCAGUGUUCAGUUUAAGGAGCAAAGGAUCACCUUUAAUCAUGCUCCUCUCCAUUUAGCCACCUACAGAACAGCUGUUCUUCAAAACUUGGGACAUAACCAUGCAUAUUUCCAGGUCCUUGAUGUCAAUCCAAUUCCUGGAAUGAUUAUAACUCCUUUUCAGGGUGUAAUACCUGUAGGAGGCCGCACUGACAUUAAAAUUUACUUCAAACCCAAUGCAUUAAUGAAAUUUGACAGCAGAGUAGAGGUAGCAAUACGCAAUGGAAAAUCUUUGGAACUUAGGAUUGGUGGAUCUGUAGAGGUUCCUGACAUACAUAUAAGUGUGUGCUCUUUUAACUUCCCUGGUGUUUAUGUUGAUUCUACUCAAAAAAUUCCAUUUUCUAUUGAGAACAAAGGAAAGUCAUAUACUAAAGUGACAAUAGAUUUGUCUGAACAUGAUGGCUUUACUCUACAUUUUCCACCAGAUUUGCAAAAUAUGUCACAGAAAUCUCGAAUAUAUUGUGUGACUAUAGAAGCCAAUACUAUUUUGGAAUGUUCUCUGAAUUUCACACCAAAAGAAGUGGCAGCAUAUGACUUUAAUCUUCCAAUAAAAAUUAAUGCUGAUGAAACUCAAUGUUCAACGAAAGCUUCAAAAAAGUUAAGUCCUGCUAGUUCAGCAAAGCAUAUGGUUGUUCCUCGGCCUCAGUCAUUGACUAUACCUAUUCAAGUAUGCAAAGUUCAAGCAACUGUGUUACAGCCACCACUGCACAUACAUCCUUCAGAGCUCAUCUUUCAAUAUAGUGUAAAAAGUAUCAACUUGGGUGUUAUAAGUGACAGCAGUAAUAUAAAGAAACUACAUUUGAAAAAUAUCUCAGAGAAACAGAUUACCUGGCGAUUUGAUCUUAAUACUUCAAGCAAAGCAAUAGAUGAUGGUAUCUUCAAAUUUAGUUUACAUACUGGGAUUCUCUAUCCAGGACAAAGUACAGCUGUUACUAUAUGCUUCUGCCCAUAUUGUCCUGGAAUAUACACAGCUCAGCUGCCUGUAUUUUUAAAUGAUGAGAUACCUGUUUAUAGAACAAUCACUUUAUCUGGAACAGUGAAAUCACAGAAAAUCACCUUUGAACCCCGACUUUUGAUACUGACUCCUGUUCCUCUCAAUGUUAAAACAGGAGCAGAUGUCUGUAUAAUUCCCCAGGAUUAUUUAAGGCCAUCAGUUUUACAAGUUGAAAUUCCAGAACUUGACUCUGGAGAUUAUGAUGGUGGUGGUGGUACCAGUGCUGAACAGACUCAUCCCUUAACUGUGGAUUUUCCAGAUGGCAAUAAGAUUGAAAUAACACCAGAAGGAAACAGUAUUGGGUUCAGCUGCCAUGUCAAUUUCAUUUCUUCAAAGCCAUUGUCUUUUUUGAAGAAUCUAUUUUUUGUUGAUGAAGAAAGAAACAGAUUCUCACUUCAAGUGUCUGCAACAGCAGAGAAUUGUCUUCUUACAGUGUAUCCCUAUUUGGCCUACCACCUUACUGACCAACAAAUUGUCUUGGAAAGUGAUUCUAAUAAGAUAAUUUACAGCACUGGAGAUACUUUGCAGCAUCCAUGUUACAUUCCUGGAACAUGUUCACAAUCUUCUUCCAGUACUUUCGAUCCAGUUACCAACUCUGCUUACGAAAAUUCUGUUGCAGAACUGGAAAAUAUUAUUGAAAAUGAAAAGAUAAAGAAGAGGGAGCCUAUCAUCCAAAGUGAAGCUAGGAGGAAUGCAUUUGAUGGACUAGUUUUUCCUGCAGAAGACAGAGCAGAAUAUGUCUUUUUCCAGAAAAUUAUAAUGGCAGUUCAGAACUGGUUUACUCUUUUUGGUUGGUCUAAAGGACCAAAUCCAAUUUCAAUUCCAUAUUCCCUAAGACGUGAUAUUUGUAAAAUUCAAAUGACUUCAUCAGAUGAAAAACUUAAACUAAAUCUUAGUAAAGAUAUCAAGACAAUUUAUGAUAUGUUGCUUCAUUUAAGUGGACAAUUAUUGCCUGGAAUCAGUUCAAGUCAAGCUUUACCUUUUGAUCCCAUCCAGCGAGUGGUGCAGCUUCACUGGCAACAUUCUACAAUGAUCACUUUUCUCAAAAGUCAAGGAGCAUCUCUUUCCCACAUUAUGCCUCAGUUUCUUCUUGACUUUGAAGAUUAUACAAUAUGGACCCAUUUACAGCUUAUGGUGAAGAAUCAAAAAUCUUGUGAAGGUGACAGUUAUAUUUAUGUUUUGAAUGACUCUGUCUUUGAGGCUGUGAGUAAGCGAGCCUGGACAGAUGUACUACUUCAAAUAUACAAGAUUCUGAUUCUCCAGCGAGUCUCUGUUCCUGAGGACAUUAGUCAGGCCAAUGCAGAAGAUGCAGAACACCUUCCAAAAAUAAGCAUUGAUCCUUUGUCAAGUAAUAUAUAUUCUUCAUCUGAAAGAAUUCUUCUUAUUUGGAUGAACAGACAUUUUGAGAAGACACGAACAAUCAUGUGGAAAAACUGCAAAAAAGGGGAAAUACCUCCAACAAGAUGGAUAGUUAACUUCGAUAGAGAUCUCCUCGAUGGCCUUGUCCUUGCUGCACAAGUAGCAAGCUAUUGCCCUUAUUUGAUUUCAACUCACUUUGUGAAUAUGUACACUCAUCCAGCAUGUUCUGAACAAUUAUUUCACAAUGCCUUGAUACUUGUAAAUGCUUUUCAUGCAAUAAAUCUUGACAUAGAUAUAGUGGCUGAAGACAUUUGUGAUCCAAAUCCAGUCAUGAUGCUUAUGCUUUGUGUCUAUUUAUAUGAGCGGCUUCCUCAGUAUUUACCCAAGAAAACACUUGAGUUUGCUGGCCAACUUCAUGCUACUAUUCUUAGAAAGAUACAGUUGAAAAACCCCAGCACAAAACCCUUGGUAUACAAUGCUACAAUUUUAGGAAGAGAAUCUGCUGCUUUUUCAUUACCUAAAGGAAAUACUGUCACAAUUUCUCCAAAGAGCCAAGUAAAAGUAAAUGUGGAAUUUACUAGCCGUUUCCUGUAUCCUGCUGAAGCUGUGCUUUUGCUUGUUUCAAAAGCUUUAACUGGAGUAGGAGGCGUUACAAUGGCAUUUUCUUUGAAGACAAAGAUUAGCUAUGUCAAACCUACUGGCAUAUUAAAAUGCAAAUCUUCAUGUUAUGAGUUGAAAAAAUAUAGUCUACAAGUUACUAGUCCUUUCAAAACUGAUGGGCCAUUCAGUGUCAUUUUAAUUGAAUCAGUAAGUUGCAUCAUGGAUCCUGAGACACUUGAUCACAUCAGCAAAAUAAAGCAAGGAAAAAUUAAAAGUUCUGAAGCAGAUAUCCCAAAGUGUUCACAUGAUGUGAUAGGUGUAUGUGGAUUUUAUAAUCAGGAGGAAAACUCCAGUGCUGCUAAUGAGUCCAACUGCUUGCAAGAGUUUUUUAGUCCAUUGGAUACAAUAUUUCUGGACCAAGAGAAUUCUACCACCCUUGAUCUCCACUAUCUUCCUUUUAAGAUGGGAAAACGUUACUGUGUGAUAAUUUUGGUCAAUGAACAGAUUGGGGAAUUUCUGUAUUUGGUGGAGGGAAUAUGUGGCUUGCCAUUGCCUUCAAGCCUAAUUCCAAUGGACAGCCCAAAUGUUUUGUGCAUUAAUAGCAUAUGUGAAGGUCAGAGAGAAACACCGCCAGUUCUUUAUCUGAAGUGUCACCUUACUGAUAUACUUCAAGAAAAGCUGAAGGUCCCUUUGAUCAAUGAAGCUAGAGAGAAAGCUCUGGCUAUCGCAGCACAGCAACAUAUGUCUGCUCUGGAAUAUGAGCGCAGAAGGGCUACAGGAACCCUUGAGAGCUGUAGCGUUCGAGUUGCAGUUGCAGCUUUAGGACUGUCAAGAGUUGAGGAAAAUGUUCUGCACAACUAUCCUUUAUUUUCUGAAAAAUGUAUUGAAUAUAGUGUUGAAGUGAGCAUGCCUGAAUGUUUUGAAAUUCCUUCAAAAAUAUACAUACCAGUGUCAGCAUCAAGCAGAGUUAAUUCCUCAAAGGCUAGAAAAGAAGACCAUUGGCUUGACAAAGAAGCAGAAGAUGCAGUUGAACUUCCUCUAAAGUUUACGCCCCUGUAUGCUGGUCGAUAUCCUUGCCAUAUCCUUCUGGAAUCUAAGUAUGACAUCCGCCUCUUUAAGAUAGAAUGCGUGGUGAACACUGAUACUGCUGAGGCUGAACUAGAGUUUUUAACUCCAGCACAUCAAGCAGUGACGCAAGACAUCCCAAUAACUAAUAAGAGUCAACAAGAUUGGAAGCUUAAAGCAGAUUUAAACGGAUAUAAUUUUUAUGGUCCUCCUCUUAUGUAUGUAGCCCCAGGUGAAACAACUCUGUAUACCCUCAUGUUCAAGCCUACUGCUGAAUGUGUAACUGUGGGGAAGCUUACUUUACAAAAUGAAGCGGAUGGUACAGAUCAUGUCUUUGUCUUGAAAGGGAUUGCAACAAAACCAUUGGCUCUGGAUCAUAUUAAGAUAGAUUGUCAAGUUAGACAAAUUACACGGAAGGUCAUAAUGGUGCCAAAUUUUACCAAGAAUGAAUUGAUAUAUAAGGUAUCUUCAGAUCUUCCGAUAGUGAGUGGUGAAAUGACUUUGAAGGUAGAACCUGGUGAUACAGCUGCCUAUAUUCUGAAUAUAUCUCCAUGGAAACGUGGGAAAUUUAAUGGUAUAAUUGUAUUUGUUGCUGAAGAUAGAGAACAGCAGCAGUAUCAACAAAACUAUUUACUGGAGGAGCCAGAUGGUGUUCAGUACUCUUGGAAAUCAUCAACAGAGAAGCUGGAAACAGGCAACAGAGAAAAUACUGAAUACAAGUCAUCAUGCUGCAAAGUGUGGUUCUCCUUGGACAUACAUAGUAUGCCAUCACAACCAGAAAAAAUUCUGGAUGUGGAAUGUGCAGUUCUGGAUACUACUGUCAUUGAAAUUCCAAUAACUAAUCCCACAGUUGAUGUUCUGCCAUUAGAUGUAGAAUUAAUAGAUUCUACUAUACUUAGUGGUGAAAACAAGCUUGUUCUUAAACCAAAUGAAACAUUACGUUAUGAAGUAAAGUAUUCUCCAGCUACCACUGGCGAUAUGGAUGGAAGUGUUAUAUUUACAUCAGAGAAGUUAGGAGAGUUUUGGUAUGCAUUGAAACUGAAGGGACAGAAACCUUGUCCAACAAGAUUGCCUGAAGUAGAGUGUGAACUUGGAAAAUGGGUCCAUCAGUAUAUUCCUCUGGUUAACCCUACAUAUGAAAUUCUGGAACUGAAAUGCGUGAACAGCAAUCCAGGCCAUUUUUCAGUGGAAAUUGAUCGCAAAGCCCAGCUGACUGUUGCUCCUCAUUCCACUACUGAAGUAUCAGUUUUGUUUUCUCCAUCAGCACUAGGACGAACAAAUCACACUGCAAGCAUAAUUUUCAAAUGCCCACAGCUUGAAGAAUGGGUAUUUUACUUGUCUGGUAUUGGUCGGAUACCUCAACCAAUGGAACCAGCUAGUGUCAGUUCUUGCCUUGGUCACCAUUCUUCUAUCAUCAUAAACUUCAAGAAUCCUACAUUUGAAGAAGUAGUAGUAGAUGUCCUUUUAACAGAUCAAGAUCAUAUCAUAGAUCAUCCUCAUGCAUCUACAUGCCACCAUUCCAGUAAAGACAGUAUUUUCUGGCUUCCACUCAAGGAAAAAGAAGGAAUAAUUUUACCUCCAAAAAGCAAGCUGGAUAUUCCGGUAUUAUUUGCCCCUCUUUCCAUGAAACUCUAUGAAACUGUUCUUGUUGUUGAGGUUAAGAAGAUAAAUGAAGAAAACUGGACUUACGAUGACACAUUUGAAUCAAGUGAAGGGCUAAACAGGCAAACUGUAAUAAUAAAGGAUGAAGAACUUCAGGGACUCCGCUGGAUCUACCCAAUUUAUGGAAUUCCUGAAGCCCCCCCCUAUGAAUCAGCUCCAGCUGUUGUAUGCUGCCAUGCCCGCAGUAGACUGGAGGAGAAGGUAGAAGUGCUGUUAACUGGUGUGGUUCCUGGGACAACUGGUUCACAAAUACUCCAAGAUACUGCAAUGUUAACUCUUUCUAAGAGCAAGUCAUAUCCAAUUCAUAAUGAAGUUCAAGUCACUGAUGGAUUCUCUACAACAGAUGAAUUUAUGUAUGAAAUUGAGUUUGAAUCUGAAAGAGUGACAUCUCAGCUAAAAUCUACAGUAGCUAUAAACUUGGUAAAGAAAGAGCGAGAUCUGAAAACUGGAAUUGUGACCUUGAUCUUCAAUAUAGUAUUUGCGCCCUUCAAACCAACAAGAAAUCCAGCAACUUUGGUGGUACAGCAUUGCACAGGAGGCAUUUGGAAAUUUCCAAUAUUGUUCAUUGCCACAGAUCCAGAAGUAGAUGAUGUUAUUAAUAUUGAAGCAAUUGGUUUAAACAAGGAGUCUGUUGUCAGCUUUAAGCUUACAAGUCAGACAAGGUACCCGGAGCCUUACACAGCAUACUUUCUACCAGGCAGUGAUCCUGAAUUUGCUGUAUUGCCUCAAGCCGGAGAACUUCUUCCACGUGACACAGCAGGAACCUGCAUUACUGUUGGAUUCAAGCCUAGUAUGUACAGCAAAAAACACCAAGCAACUCUAGUAAUACAGACAGCAGCAAUGCAAUGGAUGUAUGAAAUUAAUGGCCUACUCCCAAAGACUAUCCCACCCACUUCUUCAGCAAAGGUAAUUUGCAGGAAUGCAUACGUGAGAUCAGCAACAGUGCAACAGCGCAACUUUGUACGGGAAAAUAUGAAGCUCUUAUCCACCAGUGUGUCCUCCCCAGUUAAAGGAGCACCUCUCAUUUUAAGAACAAAAUAA